GGCCACUGCCACUCCCAUCAUCCCCAGCCAGCCCUGUGUUUCCCUCCUGACGCUUACGGGCGGCCGGCUUGUACUACUUGGCGGAGCUGAUAGAAGAGUACACCGUGGCCACCAGCAGGGUCAUCAAGUACAUGAUCUGGUUCUCCACCGCCGUGCUGGUUGGGCUGUACCUCUUUGAACACUUCCCCAGCCUGAUGGUGGGCGUGGGCCUCUUCACCAACCUGGUCUAUUUCGGAUUAUUGCAGACCUUCCCGUUCAUCAUGCUGACCUCCCCAAACUUCAUACUGUCCUGUGGGCUGGUUGUCCUGAAUCACUACUUAGCGUUCCAGUAUUUUGCAGAAGAGUAUUAUCCUUUCUCGGAGGUUCUUGCUUACUUCACUUUCUGCUUGUGGCUCAUCCCCUUUGCGUUCUUUGUUUCCUUGUCGGCUGGGGAAAACGUCCUGCCGUCCACAGUGCAGCCGGGAGACGACGUGGUCUCAAACUACUUCACGAAAGGGAAGCGAGGGAAACGCUCCGGCAUCCUGGUCAUCUUUUCGUUCGUUAAGGAAGCCAUCUUGCCAAGUCGCCAGAAGAUCUACUGAUGAUCCCACCCUCCUCCCCUGCCUCUUCUUCUGCUCCUCCUCUGAGUGCAAGGUUGCCGACCGGCCCAUCUUUCCAAGGGACACGCUUGGGAGGAAUAGAUGCUGGGGACUGCCGGGCCAGCGACCUCAGGCCCACACAGGCUCUGCUCUGGACCACUCCCAUUUUUGAUGGCCUUUUAAAAAAAAAGUGGUUGUGGUCAGGAAAGCUGAGAAGCCCUACGAGACUUCGGGUUCCUGUGUCUCCUGUCCUUAGGGUGAACUUUCGUUAUCGAUUCCUGUUUGAGCCAAAAUGUUUUUGGGAUAGGCGCUUUUGUUCACGGACUUGUCUUUUCCUUGGAAUGAAGGGCUUCCGAGGUAUGAUAGGGAUUUACGCAGACUUACAAUGAAGUCAUGUGCAUCCUCCCACCAAGUUUUUCCGUGUGGAAAUUGGUGGAGAACGAGGGAGAGGCUACACCUUCGUAGGCACUUUUUCAUUCAUCUGUAUUGGGGUUACGGUGGAGAGACACAGGGAGAAAUUUGGCCUGGGUGUCGGGCUGGGACAAGCAGCUCUGGAGGCACAUCGGCAAUCAGCUUCUCUGCAAAUGGAUCCUAAUGUCACGGACCAGGAACUCAACAUCUCUCCUUUCCCUCAUUUUUAGCUGGAGUCUCCCCCUCUUGAGGUGUUUUUGGAGAGUCAUUGACAGGCCUUUU